AUGCAAGCUUGCCAUGGAAAGCACACUGCCCAUGUGGCAGGACUUCCCGGUAGAAGACCUGGUGACACAGUAGCCUUUCGGCAGAGCUCAGGAUGGGUAGGAAGUGCUGCUACAGGUUUUGUCCGGGGGAAAUCCGAGCCAUUUCUCUUUGGACAGCUGUGUUUUAAAGUCUGAACAAGUUGCUGUUGAGUUUUGCAUGGGCUGCCAGGAUUUUGUGGAAGUAUAAUACUUUGUCAUUAUGCGAUGUCGUCUCUCGGCACCUCCUUUGUGCAAAUUAAAUUUGAUGACUUGCAGUUUUUUGAAAACUGCGGUGGAGGAAGUUUUGGGAGUGUUUAUCGAGCCAAAUGGAUAUCACAGGACAAGGAGGUGGCUGUGAAGAAGCUACUCAAAAUAGAGAAAGAGGCAGAAAUCCUCAGUGUCCUCAGUCACAGGAACAUCAUCCAGUUUUAUGGAGUAGUUCUUGAACCUCCCAACUAUGGUAUCGUCACAGAAUAUGCUUCUCUGGGAUCACUCUAUGACUACAUUAACAGUAACAGAAGUGAAGAGAUGGACAUGGAACACAUUAUGACCUGGGCCACUGACGUAGCCAAAGGAAUGCACUAUUUACAUAUGGAGGCCCCUGUCAAGGUGAUUCACAGAGAUCUCAAGUCAAGAAAUGUCGUUAUAGCUGCUGAUGGAGUAUUGAAGAUCUGUGACUUUGGUGCCUCUCGGUUCCAUAACCAUACAACACACAUGUCCUUGGUUGGAACUUUCCCAUGGAUGGCUCCGGAAGUUAUCCAAAGUCUCCCUGUGUCUGAAACUUGUGACACGUAUUCCUAUGGUGUGGUUCUCUGGGAGAUGCUAACAAGGGAGGUCCCCUUUAAAGGUUUGGAAGGAUUACAAGUAGCUUGGCUUGUAGUGGAAAAAAACGAGAGAUUAACCAUUCCAAGCAGUUGCCCCAGAAGUUUUGCUGAACUGUUACAUCAGUGUUGGGAAGCCGAUGCCAAGAAACGGCCAUCAUUCAAGCAAAUCAUUUCAAUUCUGGAGUCCAUGUCAAAUGACGCAAACCUCCCUGACCAGUGUAACUCAUUCCUGCACAACAAGGCGGAGUGGAGGUGUGAAAUCGAAGCAACUCUUGAGAGGCUAAAGAAACUGGAGCGUGAUCUCAGCUUUAAAGAGCAAGAGCUUAAAGAACGAGAAAGACGGUUAAAGAUGUGGGAGCAAAAGCUGACAGAGCAGUCCAACACCCCGCUGCUGCCUUCCUUUGAGAUUGGUGCAUGGACGGAAGAUGAUGUGUACUUUUGGGUUCAGCAGCUCGUCAGCAAAGGUGAUGACUCUUCCGUAGAGAUGAGUGUCUACGCAAGCUUGUUUAAAGAAAAUAACAUCACAGGGAAGCGGCUGCUGCUUCUAGAGGAAGAGGACUUGAAAGAUAUGGGCAUUGUCUCCAAGGGGCAUAUCAUUCAUUUAAAGUCAGCCAUUGAGAAAUUAACCCACGAUUACCUAAACUUGUUUCACUUCCCUCCACUAAUUAAGGAUUCAGGAGGUGAACCUGAAGAAAAUGAGGAAAAAAUAGUGAACCUUGAACUGGUUUUUGGUUUUCACUUGAAACCAGGAACUGGCCAACAGGAUUGUAAGUGGAAAAUGUAUAUGGAGAUGGAUGGGGAUGAAAUUGCAAUAACCUACAUAAAAGAUGUGACAUUCAACACUAACCUACCUGAUGCCGAGAUUUUAAAGAUGACAAAGCCACCAUUUGUCAUGGAGAAAUGGAUCAAAGGAAUAGGGGAAAAUCAGACUGUGGAGUGCACCAUCACAUAUGAGAGUGAUGUUAGAACUCCAAAAAGCACUAAACACAUCCAUUCAAUUCAGUGGAGCAGAACAAAACCUCAGGACGAGGUGAAGGCCAUCCAACUUGCCAUUCAGACAGUAUUCACCAACUCAGAAGGCAACCCUGGAAGCAGAUCUGACUCAAGUGCUGAUUGCCAGUGGUUAGACACUCUGAGGAUGCGGCAGAUUGCAUCCAACACUUCUUUACAGCGUUCCCAGAGCAAUCCUAUUCUGGGGUCACCCUUCUACCCAUACUUUGGUGACCAGGGUUCCUACGCCGCUGCCGUGAAGCGGACCCAGGCGCCCAUCAAGUAUCAACAGAUUACACCUGUAAACCAAUCCCGAAGUUCCUCCCCUACUCACUAUGGACUGACCAAAAACUUAACUUCUCUGCAUCUCAACUCUAAAGACAGUGGCUUUUCCAGUCUUAAUACCGAGAGCCCUUCAGAGAGGGGUCGAUACUCAGAUAGAAGCAGGAACAAAUAUGGCCGUGGUAGUGUAUCGCUCAAUUCUUCUCCCAGAGGAAGAUACAAUGGGAAAAGUCAGCAUUCUAAUUCUUCUAGAGAAAGGUAUUCUGGAAAGUACUACAGGGUUUCCCCGUCAGCGCUAAAUACUCAUCAGUCACCUGACUUCAAGAGAAGCCCGAAUGACCGCAGCCAACCCAAGACGAUACCAGGGAUGCCUUUACACACUGAGACUGAAUCGAGAGCCAGCGAAGAAGAGAGCAAAGUCAACGAAGGAGGAUGGACAAAGGUGGAAUACCGCAAGAAGCCGCUCAGGCUGCCUCCCACCAAGGCCAACAAAGAAAGAGCCAGAGGGAAUCACCGUGUGUGGAGGAACUUUUGAUGAGCUGCACUAAAUGUGUUUUUCUAAGCGGGUUU